UUUCAGAUCUGACUUGAUCAUACCGAAUUGCAGCCAUGGUGCAGAAGUAUCAAUCCCCCGUGCGGGUGUAUAAACACCCUUUUGAGUUAAUUAUGGCCGCAUAUGAAAGAAGAUUUCCUACGUGUCCGCUAAUCCCUAUGUUUGUAGCUAGUGACACUGUAAAUGAAUACAAGAGCGAGGAUGAAGCUAUCCAUGUGAUUGAAAGACGCUGCAAGCUGGAUAUAGAUGCACCCCGGCUAUUGAAAAAGAUUGCAGGAGUGGAUUACGUCUACUUUGUCCAGAAGAAUUCCCUGAACAGACGGGAGCGGACUUUGCAUAUUGAGGCCUACAACGAAACCUUCUCCAACAGAGUCAUUAUUAAUGAACACUGCUGCUACACAGUUCAUCCUGACAAUGAAGACUGGACCUGUUUUGAACAGUCAGCAAGUCUGGACAUAAAAUCUUUCUUUGGUUUUGAAAGCACAGUGGAAAAGAUUGCCAUGAAGCAGUACACCAGCAAUAUUAAAAAGGGAAAAGAAAUAAUAGAAUACUACCUGAAGCAGCUGGAGGAAGAAGGAAUAACCUUUGUUCCUCGCUGGACUCCUCCUGUUGCAUGCAGUUUGGAGAGCAGCACAUCCCACACAAGAAGACCUGUUUCCCCUGCCAUUAAUAUACCGGAAUCUGCCACAAAGGAGGCCUUGAACAGCAAGGAGAUCCUCAACACCUCGAGCAGCCCUGCAGAGCCUACAGCUGGAACGCCUGAUGACAAGCUAGAUGCAGACUACAUCAAGCGAUAUCUGGGUGACCUGACACCGAUGCAAGAAAGCUGCCUCAUUCGGCUUAGAAAGUGGCUGCAGGAGACGCACAAGGGCAAAAUUCCAAAGGAUGAGCACAUUUUACGAUUUUUGCGUGCCCGGGACUUCAACAUUGAUAAAGCCAGAGAGAUUCUUUGCCAGUCACUAACGUGGCGUAAACAGCAUCAGGUGGACUAUAUUCUGGACACCUGGAACCCUCCUCAAGUACUCCUGGAUUACUACGCAGGAGGCUGGCAUCACCAUGACAAAGAUGGUCGCCCACUGUAUGUGCUGAGACUGGGACAGAUGGAUACCAAAGGUUUAGUGCGAGCUCUUGGGGAAGAGGCCUUGCUUCGAUACGUUCUUUCUAUAAAUGAAGAAGGACUAAGGCGAUGUGAGGAGAACACGAAAGUAUUUGGCAGGCCAAUAAGUUCUUGGACCUGUCUAGUAGAUCUAGAAGGUUUGAACAUGAGGCAUUUAUGGCGACCUGGUGUCAAAGCUUUGCUAAGAAUCAUUGAGGUGGUUGAAGCUAAUUACCCUGAGACUCUGGGCCGUCUUCUUAUCCUGAGAGCACCCCGAGUAUUCCCAGUUCUUUGGACGCUGGUUAGUCCUUUCAUUGAUGACAAUACCAGAAAGAAAUUUCUUAUUUAUGCUGGAAAUGACUACCAGGGCCCUGGGGGUCUGCUGGAUUACAUUGAUAAAGAAAUUAUUCCUGAUUUCCUUGGUGGAGAGUGCAUGUGUGAAGUUCCAGAGGGUGGGCUGGUUCCCAAAUCCCUCUACCGGACAGCAGAGGAGUUGGAAAAUGAAGACAUAAAGCUCUGGACUGAAACGAUAUACCAGUCUGCAAGCGUCUUCAAAGGAGCUCCACAUGAGGUUCUCAUUCAGAUUGUGGAUGCCUCGUCCGUGAUCACAUGGGAUUUUGAUGUGUGUAAAGGUGACAUCGUUUUUAACAUCUUCCAUUCCAAGAGAGCCCCACAGCCUCCUAAAAAGGACUCUCUGGGAGCUCACAGUAUCACGUCUCCCGGUGGGAACAACGUCCAGCUAAUAGACAAACUCUGGCAGCUGGGACGUGACUACAGUAUGGUGGAAUCUGCCCUUAUCUGCAAAGAAGGGGAGAGUGUGCAGGGAUCACAUGUGACCAGAUGGCCUGGCUUCUAUAUCCUCCAGUGGAAGUUUCACAACAUGCCUGCCUGUGCUACAACCAACCUGCCUCGUGUGGAUGAUGUACUAGCAUCUCUACAGGUCUCCUCUCAUAAAUGCAAAGUGAUGUACUACACAGAAGUGAUAGGAUCAGAAGAUUUCAGAGGAUCUAUGACCAGCCUUGAAUCGAGCCACAGUGGAUUCUCCCAGCUCAGUGCUGCCACAACCUCUUCCAGCCAGUCCCAUUCCAGCUCCAUGAUUUCCAGGUAGUGCCACAACAGUUGAAAAGCAAAUGGAUGAGAUGGCUGGACCCUCACCUCUGGCAGCUGACUGCAAUACAGCAUAUUCCAGUGGCAAUUGGAAAAAAAAAAAAAAAGAAAAAAAAAGGAAAAAGAAAAAAAAA